AUGGGAGCAGGGAGCUAUAAGGCGGCACAUCCCCCCCAUCCCCCUCUCCCUCCCCAUACCCCCCGCAACGACGCAUGGGAGCAGGGAGCUAUGAGACGGCGCAUGCUAGCAGGGUUGAAGGAGGUGGGGCAGGCGGGCAGGGCUCAAGGAAACAUUGAUCUUUUCCGCAUGCAGGGUGCGAUGCGGCGGCAGGUGCUGGCAGUGCUGAAGGGGGGCAAGCAAUGCAUCCUCAUCCCAUCCCCACAUGAUGGUGCUGCUGUGAUCCACAAAUGCAUGGUGAAAGGGGAUGGCAGAGGGCAGACGGCAACUGCACGCAAGUUUUCCGUGCACCCACCCCACCCUUCCUUCCACCCUCUCGCCUCCCCCCCCUCCUCUCACCCCCACGGCACCUUCCCCAAGGCGCUCUUGACGCAGCCCUCCUCACAUCCAUUCUAG